AUUCAAUGCGGCUCUGCUCAGACAUGAAAUGCGGGCGUGCGGCUCCUCUGGUGUGAAGAAUUAACCAGCUUCUCGCUACUCAAUUAAAUGACCUAUAGAUUUACACAUUUCCAUCCAGCACACGAUAUCACAAACUUGAGCUCUACGUUUCCGCCGUUAUAUUAAAAAGCUCCAUCCUACUUACCGUCUUCUCUUGGACACUUUUUACUAUACUCUUCGCGCGCGGUCUAUGAAUCCCACCUUGGACCGACUCACCUUGGAGCAACUCCCCUUUGACAUUCUGUUCUGCGUGACUGCUAACCUGAGUCUUGAAGACAUUUUUCAUCUCAGUCAGACAUGUCAGCAGCUGAGUGCCUUCAUGGUGGACGAAAGGACAGUUUGCCGAAGCAUAGUCGAAAUGGACUUUCCUUUUACGGAAGAAGCAAAACUGGCACGGACAGAAAAAAUGACGUACAAACAAGCUAUGAAAGCAAUUUAUGACAGAAGACAUGCUUUGUCUACUGCAUACCCAUUCUCAGCACGCACAUGGGGCAAUGGAAACGCAUUUGUUUACAGACAGGGAAUUCUGUGCGUGCUUGAAAGCAAGACUGUACAUGUCUCAGAUCUACGCUCACAGUCACAUGAUAUUCAUAUCGACCUCACUGUGAUUGCUGGACCGGUUCUAGGGCCGCCUUUUCCAGUACCUAGGAAUUUUGACGUGGACCUACUCAACUAUGCUGACGGAAUCCUUGCUGUUCACCUUGAAGAAAAGGAUGAAUCAAAUGGUGGCUAUAUACUGGCUCUCGAUAUGGCGCACAAUUGUCCUGAUGAUAAAAGACUGAUCCAAAUGGUGCGGCUUCCUUCAAGCUCCAAGCUUUUUGUUAGACACACGGCCGAUUUCCUCUACUAUGGUACACAUACAGGGAGAGGCAGCGAUGGUCACCAUAAAUGGGAAGUUGGCGGCGUACGUUUGAACAAUAGCACCAAUAUACAGGAUGGCGCAAAGCGGUUGCUACUGGACAACUUUCAUGGAUCGGACAUUGGCUCUACAGUCGCGUUCGAGAUACACAAUGGCCACUUCUACGCAGUUUCGAAUCAAACCACCUUUGAGGUUGAAGAGAUUGAUUAUACCUCCUUCUACCAUGUUGUUCGCUUCCCACUCCAUUCGCCAUUGCCGGCCAGUGUCGAGAGGGACGAACGGCUGUAUCGUCGCCAGCACAAACAAGGGCCCAUUCACGACUCUUGGACCGACCUUACACUGCAGAGCGAUGAAAAGACAAACGAAAUGGUGAUUGUUGAGUCUAGGAGAGAAUGGGCUGAAGCAUCCUCGCGACAAUCGCGUACAUUUUACGUGACCCGUCUGGAGUUUGGAAGCGAAAAUGGCACAAUGGAGAUUUCAGAUGAACCAUUACUACCGGACGACGAUAUUUAUCUUCCGGUCAUAGACUCAUCUAACAGGCCUCAAUGGAAGCCCACGCCGGAUCUCUUCAGCUGGAGCCAACAUCCAGAAUUUGGUGGUACUGACCCUGCACCGCGCUCCUUCAUGCUCGCCAGAACAAAGUUUCGAGCUUACAACUAUGCAUGCACUACUUUUGUCGAUCUAGUCGAAGAUCAAGAAUGUUGCAAUGAUGCCUCGAAGCCGCCAUGCCUGAGGCUGCGAGUAGGAUCACGACGCGAAACAGGUCUCGACGAUUAUGCCACGGUCAACCGCAAGGGAAAGACCGCGGCUGUGUAUAGCACGAAUCCAAAUUUUGUGGACAAUCAAACGCGCUAUCGACAAUCGCCCAUUCGCAUGUGGCCGCCUCGAGCAUCGCGUUGUCCUUGCUCGCAGCAACUGCAUAACAUACUCAAUCCAGUGAUUCCCUCGAGUGGGGCAUGGUACACGAGGAGAGUGACGGGUGUGCUUGAUGAGCAACGUCUGGUGUUCAUGAUCAAAUCGGGAGGCUCAUAUGGGCCGAGCGGCAAUAAUAGCUUGGGUACUGUAGUCGUUGUAGAUUUUGCUCGUCUGGCCGAGAGCAGCAACAGCAUAGGCUCAGCACCUAUGGCAAGGAGUGACAGUAAAAUGGACGAAACUCUCAGCCUUGCAUGGGAAUGGCAGCCAGGGCUCGAACAGAAGUGUCGGGAUAGAACGUGCUGCCAAACGAACCAUGGUGGGCUGGGUAGUACUGCGAACGAGAGGGGCGCCUGAUUGAAGGGUUCUUGAGGCUCUAAUGGUAUGCCAACCACAAACACUACCGUUCCCAAGGGCGCACUUUUGCCUUGUGGGAUUUGCUGCAAGGCGUGCAUGCAUAUGCGUAUACAUGCGCAUGGCAGCUGGGCGCGGCUGAAGGCACAGCAAGGCUACUGCACCGUUUCAUGGCCCCCAGCCCG